UCGGCCAGCUCAGUCCCUACAGCUUAGCGGUCGGCUGAGGUGCGCGCCUGGCGCGGGUUCAGCGGGCGACGAGGAUGCGCCGCUGGCCGCUGCUGCUGCUGCUCUUGUGGGGGCUGCCCGCCGUGCCCGGGCGCCACUACCCGCACAGCGCCGUGCUGGACGGGGCGUCCCGCUACCGGCUCUCGUGGGCUGCGCAGGGCAGCUCCAUCGCCUUCCGCCUGGAGGUGCGCGCGGCGGGCUACGUGGGCUUCGGCUUCUCGCCCACGGGAGGCAUGGCUUCGGCGGACAUCGUGCUGGGCGGGUUGGACGCGGGGAAGCCCUACCUGCAGGAUUAUUUUACAAAUGCAGACAGAACAUUGAAAAAGGACUCACAGCAGGACUACCAUCUGGAGUAUGCCAUGGAAAAUAGUACCCAUACGAUACUAGCUUUCAGCCGGCAACUUCACACGUGUGACCCCAAUGACAAGAGUAUAACAGAAAGCACAGUGAGGGUGAUAUGGGCAUACCAUGACAAAGACUUUAGAGAAGGAGUUCAAAAUUACCACGGUUCAAAUCGAGGGACAAAGAGUCUUCGUUUAUUGAACCCAGAGAAGACUGCUAUUAUCGCUCCUUCGUUGCCGUAUUUUGACUUGACAAACCAAGGCGUGCCUAUACCAGACAAAGAUACAACAUAUUGGUGCCAAAUGUUUAAGAUACCUACACUACAUGAAAAGCAUCAUGUGAUACAGGUUGAACCAUUGAUACAGAAGGGCCAUGAAAAUUUGGUUCAUCACAUUCUACUCUAUCAAUGUAGCAGCAGUCUGAAUGAUAGUGUACUGGACUAUGGUCAUGAGUGCUAUCACCCAAACAUGCCAGAUUCAUUCCUCACCUGUGAAACAGUCAUUUUUGCCUGGGCCAUUGGAGGAGAGGGCUUUACAUAUCCUCCUCAUGUUGGCUUAUCUAUCGGGACAGCAUCAGAUCCUCAGUAUGUGCUUAUGGAAGUCCAUUACGACAACCCAUCAUAUAUGGAGGGAAUGAUAGAUAACUCUGGGCUGAGGCUAUUUUAUACCCCAGAUUUAAGGAGCUACGACGCUGGAGUUAUUGAAGCAGGUCUCUGGGUCAGCCUCUUCCACAACAUCCCACCGGGCAUGCCAGAAUUCACAUCAGAGGGUCACUGCACUUUGGAAUGCCUAGAGGAAGCCCUGGAUGCUGAGAGGCCAAGUGGAAUUCAUGUGUUUGCAGUGCUCCUCCAUGCACACCUUGCUGGUAGAGGUAUAAGGAUGCGUCAUUUCCGCAAGGGUGACGAGCAGGAACUUCUGGCCUAUGAUGAUGAGUUUGACUUCAACUUCCAGGAGUUUCAGUAUCUGAAAGAAGAAAGGACCAUCUUGCCAGGAGAUAACCUGGUCACCGAAUGUCAUUACAGUACCCUAAAUCGAUCACAUAUGACUUGGGGUGGUCUUAGCACCAGAAAUGAAAUGUGCCUAUCCUACCUUCUGUAUUAUCCAAGAAUAAAUCUUACCCGAUGUGCAAGUAUCCCAGACAUAAUGGAACAACUUCAGUUUAUUGGCGUUAAAGAAAUAUACAGACCAGUGAGGACUUGGCCAUUCAUUAUCAAGAGUCCAAAACAAUACAAAAACCUGUCUUUCAUGGAUGCAAUGAACAAGUUUAAAUGGUCCAAAGAACAGGGCCUUUCCUACAAUGACUUUGUUCUUAGGUUACCAGUGAAUGUAAGAUGUACCAAGACUGACAAUGCAGAGUGGACAAUACAAGGAAUGAUAACUUCACCACCUCAAAUAGAAAGACCCUACAGGACAGAACCAAUUGUCUGUAGUUCAACUUCCUGCUUAAACUGCAAUCUGUUUUUAACUCUAUUGAUUGUUCUGUACACAUCAACCACUGCUGUAAGAAAGAGUGGGCCUUUUGUAUAAUAACUCUGAUUGUACUCACUUUCAUUUUUUGUGCCAUGCAAGUCCUGAAAUGUUUGCACUGUUGCUCUUGUAGAUUUAUUUUUUUACAUAUUAAUAAACUAAAUUCAUUUCAAAAUAGUGUUCACCUCAUUUGAAAGGGGGGAGGGGUAUUUCAUUUUUUGCAAUCUAAAUUGAUUGGUAUUGUUUCAUUUUAUUCAUCCUGGCACAUCACACCAUGAAAAAAGCUGCUCUGUAUUUGGAUACCAUUGUAAUAAACUAAACUUUAUCUAUGUAACCUUAAUAA